GACGCAGCCACACCACGCCCCCACCUGGUCCGCCUCUUCUCCCGAGAUGCCCCGGGCCGAGAGGACAACACCUUCAAAGACCGACCCUCCGAAUCGGACGAGCUGCAGACCAUCCAGGAGCACAGCGGAGCGGCUUCAGAGUGCGGGUCGGAGAGCCCCGAACAGGACCUAGAAUAGGCUAGCUUUUUUUCCCUCCCUCCCUCUCUUUUCUCUUUUCCCUCCUCUGUCUUUCGGUCUCAUUUAAGAGAGAGGCAAGAACCCCACAUUUGACAAAUACAAAUAUACGACCAACCACUACUACAACUAUGGCUUCUGCAAGCAGCUCUGCACAGGCUGCCUUCGGGCUGGGCCGGAGGAAGAAGAACCCCGGCCUCCUGGACCAGAUUGGAAAGUUCUUUGGAGGGGACAAGAAGAGGAAGAGCAAGGGAUCUUUCCGAGGUGCUCUCUCUCCAGGCCCUCAGAAAGCCUCUGCGACUUCUCCACGUAAGCGUGGGGCAGAGAACGCUGUGGUCCAUUUCUUCCGCACGAUCGGCGACCAGAAGUCACAGUCUGCUAAAGCCAAGAAGGCCAGUGCAGGGGACGGCAAAGGCACCCUGACUAGGAUCUUCAAAAUGGGAAGCAGGAGUGCUUCUCCAGCCAAACGCUGAAGUCCCUGUCUACAACCUCUUCCAACAGCAGAUGUUCAAGAACACGGGACUAAAGUGGGGAAAAAGAGAACGAAAAGGAGGAAAUCUUGUUACCCCCUAAACUCUCCUUCCCUCCACCUCUGAUAACACUCUAAUGUAUGCUAAAUCCCUCAUCUCCCCCAUUACCGCCCCCCCCCACCUCUUUGGCUGGUAGAUAGCGACACAAUCUGUUGCCCCCUCCCCUGCAUGCGUUGUGCUGAGUCUGUGCAGUCAUCAUCACUGGUGCGAACUGUUUGCUGAAAUUGAUCCUGAAGCCGCUCACAUGUGCAGCCUGAAUGACCCCCUGCCCCCCUGCCAUGGCUCUCUAUACUUGUGCUUGAGUUUCUGUGGACGUCUUUGACGGUUUCUCUAACAAAACGGCGGCUAAAUCGAAGCACACCUGGAGCAGUUGAAGGUUACGGCCGGUGCAAGUCCGACUGACUUGACCGUCAUUGCCGAUUGCCGAUUGGAUGAAAGGACCGGGUUGUUUCUGUUAUAGUAAAGAGCGGUUUUCUGUCUUGUCCAACAUGUCUUCGUCAUUCCCUCAAACCUUUUCUGUGAACUCAAACAUAAACCUGUGUUUGAGUUCUGUUUUGUGAUAGAUUUAGCAGAUUUGACAUUGUUAUUGUGAGAGCCAUUUGGUCAUAGUGUGUUUUCAUUCAACCCUUGUGUCUUAGCUGUAGUUAAGUGUCCUGUCAUGAAUGUGAUGUUGUUCUAUGUUUGUCAUUAGGGCCUAAGGCUGGCUGUGGAUUUUGUGGCAAGAAUUUAAUUUCUAAACCGUCUAAAUCAAUUUUCUGCAAUAGUCACUGAAAAAAACAGAUGAAUUAGUCAUUUCUAAUGUAUCAUUUCUUUUUCAGUCCAUGAGAUAAUGGUAUACACUAAUUUUCCUCUCCAUAGGCUAUAUAUAUAUAGGCCUAACUAAAUUAUUUCGUAGUGCACUGUUUUCCACCUUUAAAAACUGCCAGACUCUGAAUCUGAAGCGAGAUGUUGGUGCUGCAGCAUGAUGCCAGAUUCAGACCUUUCCUCUUUGCUUUAAUGUAGCUAGGUCUCUUCUUUGUCUUCGCUGUUUCUAUCUUAUGCACAGCUCACAUAGUGUAAAUUAAAUUCUCAAGUGCCUUUCCUCCUGACUACCAAAGCAAUUUCCUUCUUGUGUAUAAUUUAAAAACACAAACACAAUUUCAACAAAGGUGCUCUGUAACUAACUCUGUGCAAGUUUUUCUGGAAACAAAAAAGUCUGUUGAAGAAAAGUUCAGCACCACCACGUGUGCUGUUCAUCCAUUUUCCAAAUGUGUUAAAAAAGCAGGCGUGUGUGAUCUGUUCAUCUCUCCUUCUGUUUGUGUGUGCUUGAGCCUCGAGAGUGCUGUGUAGUGUUUUUCUAAAUGGAUCCUGUGGAUGAAUGUAAAGGUCCUCUUCAUUAUUGUAUGUGUAAUAAAACAUGACCAGCCACUUAACUGAGAAUAAACAAUAAAAAUUAUAAAACCACCUCUA